CGAGAGUACAGGAAGGGGACGGAGAGUACAGAAAGGGGACGUCGAUAUACAUCCUGAUCACUUGACCUUCCGAACAGUUUUAGCGACACAUCUACAUUACAAUCUGUUACAGUUCUAACACACAGACGGAGGUUUUGAGAUAUUCCCAAGUGACUAUCUCCUCCGGCUAUUUCCUUAAGGAAGCGCCUACGUUUUAGUUUAUGCCUGUUUGGUAAUAAGUAUGGGUCUCCAUUGAAAGCUGCUUAACUUGCACUGUCAGCUUUAAGCUGAAUUGUUUACUCUACUAGGAAAACAAGCAGUCACCAACAUCAGAGAUGGGUUGCUUUAAGAAACUGCGGAAGCUGGUAGUGUUGAUGGUUUCACUGUUCGCUGACCUGUUUGACUUUGUCAGCGAUUGGCUGUUUUAUUCCGACGUGAGUCUGGCAAAGGAUGGUCUUGUGUUUGGGCCACAUGAGGACCUCAUAAUAAGGAUGACCUUCGCGUUCUGUAUCAUUGGUUCAGUGACUUUCGCAGCGGAGAUAAUUCUAAACUUCUUUGAGUAUUACAGAGACAAUGACACCGUGGAAAUGAUAAGUGAGUUUCUAACUUUCUCCACAUUACUGAUCGAGGACCUACCCCAAAUUGCUAUAAACGUCCACAUUGCUAUGUGCAGAGAGGAGGCAACCAACACCAUUCAAAUUGUCAAGGCAUCGGCUGCCAUGUUUGAAGUUGUUGUCAAGCUGGCUUUUAUCUGGAUCAAAUACUUCUUAAAAAGAAGACAAGGUGGGAUAGAAACAGGCAAAAUCAGAAAAAACUUGAGCAUCUUUACAAGUGUUGUUCUUCUGACAAUACUUGGACUUAGUGCCACCGUGUUCUAUCUGACCACAAACUUCCAAAAGACCCAGAUUGAGUUUGACAGUGACGGUUUAUCAGGAGAGGAGUCUGAAAAGUAUCUACAGGGAGUCAGUAUAUUCAUGAGGUUCAACACCACAAACCCACAGAUACCCAACAUGGCCGAUAAUCAGUGGAUGCGACUUGUAGGUCUACAGGAAAUAACAGGUCCGUCCAAUCCUUCGACAGGGGUUGUACUGAGCUGUAUGUUCACAGCACCACCCAAUGUCUAUCUAUGGGUGAGGAGUCAUUCCAGACCUGUGGUAGGGACAAUGUCAUGUUACAAACAGGACUCGUCGACCUUCCACACGAUACCAACACACAACUGUUCACAGAUAUUUUCCACAACCUCAAAUAUUACAACCGUAUCAUUAAAGUUUACCUACGUACCACCAAAUCGUCAACAGCCUUUGGGAGAUAUACACAACAAUGCACAGGUGCAUCUCAACAACUGCACCGAGUCUCUAACACCUGAUAUUGUGAUAUUGAAAUAUUUCAGAGUCAAGUCAGAGGUCAAGGACACCAUGACCUUGACCCCCACAGCCAAUGGUAACCUGUAUCAUCAUUACACUGUACCAAGUGACCUUAUACCAGUUCGGGAGGCGUGGAAAACUGGUAAAGUCAUGUGUGACAGUACAGGACGUGAUGGUCCCAAAACUGACACAGAUAUUCCUCUGACAUGUCUACGCUAACACAGACCUAUCUAUAUUUAUAUACUCAUCAAGCUUUAUGAACUGUUUAAGAAUUUGUAAUUCACAAAAAGACAAAAUCUUUCACCUGCAGCUAAUAUUUACAAACAGGACUCGAAUGAAAAUAAACCCUUUUCCAUUCAAAUUAUCAGAUUUGAUUACAAAUUAGCAACAAUGAAGUAUGUGCAUUACUUCUAUGUGGGGUAUUCACUGAAAUAAAGAGUAAACAAGGCAUCAUAAGUGAUAUUUUCCUUUUGCAUACACAUACCGAUAAAACUAUCAGGCCAUUUUUCAGAAAUGUUAUCUAUAGUAACAGUCAUGUUGACAUAGGACAGAUAAUGAGUUACUCUAAUAUGUUAACGGGUAUGCCCAACAGUAUGUGUGAAGCUAGAUAAAAAUGUAUCAUGUGUCCUGAAACCUGUCCACUAGAGUGAUAACAAUCAGGAUGACGGCACAGCCAGACAGGGAUUCGAACCAAGGACCUCCUCAUUAUAGACAGAUGCUCUACCAAUUGAGCUACCUGGUCUCCAGUGAUCAACCCAGUCCAGUUCCGCUCCCUCCUUUUUUCAAGUCUUUGUCCCCAAAUAUAACACUAUUUUCAACCCAUGCUGGUUUUGGUAUCCCUUUGCCACCAGUACUUGAAACAAGGAUUGGUCAUGGCUUCAGGGAACAGAAGACCAGGGCUAGACACAGAUUAAAACCUGGGACCUCACAACUCUAGACAGAUGCUCUACCAGUUGAGCUACCUGGUCACCAUUGAUUGACCCAGUCCAGUUCCGCUACAUGUACUGGCAGAAGUGUUGGGAAUCGCUUGUAAAUU